AUGAAGUCGAUUAGUCGAAGAGAAUGCAAAGGUUCUUUGUCGGACAUAAUUGUAAGUGGUCGAGAGUUUACUAUUGCUUCAUUAUCGCAAAAGCGUGUAGUUAAUUCAGUUGUAGUCAGAAGUUUUUUGCCACUGCAUCUUUUGUUUGCUGUUUUGGGCACGCCAACCAAUCUUUCCCAGGCUCCUCCUUCUCAUGGGUUGCGUGGUGUGAUGAAUUUCCACUCUUUGCCUCUGAAUUUGAUGAAGUCUUGCAGUUCCUUGUAA